CGAAACAUCUUUCUUUAAUUUUUUUUUUUUUUCCCUCUCCAAUGGCGCUGGCCCCGGGUCAGCGGGCGUCUUUUUGUGCAUCAAGAUGGGCUUUCCCGUUUCCGUCCUGGGCACCCGUGGUGGCUUGAUUGUCAGCUUUCUCCGGACGUUAGUGAGGUCGGGAGCCGAGAGCUGCAUGUAGGCAAAUCACCGCCCUCCCCACCCCCCUACGGAGCGGUUGGGGUGUUUGCCUUUUUUUUUUUCUUUUUUUUUUUUUUUUGAAUCGUGGUUAUUUGGGGCCGUGCGCCGCCGGCCGCGGGCAUCCCCGAGCUCUCCGCAGCGCCGUCGGCGGCGGGUCGCUCUUCUUCCCCGGGUGAGCGAGCCCGGCUCUCCCGCGCGCAGCCAAGCCCCAGCGGCCCCGAGGAGCGAGUCGUGUCCCCGCCGGCGCCGGGAAAAUGGAGGCUGUGAUAGAGAAGGAAUGCGGCGCGCUCGGAGGCCUCUUCCAGACCAUCAUCAGCGACAUGAAGGGGAGCUAUCCAGUUUGGGAAGAUUUCAUCAACAAAGCCGGCAAGCUGCAGUCCCAGCUGCGGACAACAGUAGUAGCAGCAGCUGCCUUCUUGGACGCCUUUCAGAAAGUGGCUGACAUGGCCACCAACACACGUGGUGGCACCCGGGAGAUUGGCUCAGCACUCACGAGGAUGUGCAUGCGGCACAGAAGCAUCGAGACCAAGCUGAGGCAGUUUUCCAGUGCUUUAAUCGACUGCCUGAUAAACCCACUUCAAGAGCAGAUGGAGGAAUGGAAGAAAGUGGCUAACCAGCUGGACAAGGACCAUGCGAAAGAGUAUAAAAAAGCUCGCCAAGAGAUAAAAAAGAAGUCCUCGGAUACACUGAAACUGCAGAAGAAAGCAAAAAAAGGGAGAGGUGACAUCCAGCCUCAGUUGGACAGUGCUCUGCAAGAUGUCAAUGAUAAAUAUCUCUUGUUGGAAGAAACCGAAAAGCAGGCCGUCCGCAAAGCUUUGAUUGAAGAACGUGGCCGAUUCUGUACCUUCAUCUCCAUGCUGCGUCCAGUGAUCGAAGAAGAAAUCUCGAUGCUCGGGGAAAUUACCCAUCUUCAGACCAUAUCAGAAGACCUGAAGAGCCUGACCAUGGACCCUCACAAGCUGCCCUCAUCCAGUGAACAGGUGAUUUUGGACUUGAAAGGCUCUGAUUACAGUUGGUCGUAUCAGACGCCACCCUCUUCCCCCGGCACCACCAUGUCCAGAAAGUCCAGUGUGUGCAGCAGCCUGAACAGCGUCAACAGCAGCGACUCCCGGUCCAGCGGCUCCCACUCGCACUCGCCCAGCUCGCAUUACCGCUGCCGCAGCUCGAACCUGGCCCAGCAGGCGCCCGUGAGGCUGUCCAGUGUGUCCUCCCACGACUCAGGAUUCAUAUCCCAGGACGCCUUCCAGUCCAAGUCACCCUCACCUAUGCCACCAGAGACUGCCAACCAGUUGUCUAAUGGGUUUUCUCACUAUAGUUUAUCAAGUGAGUCCCAUACGGGGCCCGUGUGUGCAGGCCCUUUUCCUCAUUGCCUGCCUGCCUCCCGCCUGCUCCCUCGGGUCACCUCUGUCCACCUUCCAGACUACGCUCAUUAUUACACCAUUGGGCCCGGCAUGUUCCCGUCAUCUCAGAUCCCUAGCUGGAAGGACUGGGCUAAGCCAGGACCCUACGACCAGCCACUGGUAAACACCCUCCAGCGUCGCAAAGAGAAGCGUGAGUCGGACCCCAAUGGGGGAGGACCCACAGCCACAGGAGGCCCGCCAGCAGCUGCCGACGAGGCGCAGAGACCACGGAGCAUGACUGUGUCGGCUGCCACCAGGCCUGGCGAGGAGAUGGAAGCUUGCGAGGAGCUGGCACUCGCCCUGUCACGGGGCCUCCAGCUGGACACGCAGAGGAGCAGCCGGGACUCGCUGCAGUGCUCCAGCGGCUACAGCACCCAGACCACCACCCCGUGCUGCUCCGAGGACACCAUCCCCUCCCAAGGUACGAGGCGUCAGGCUUUCCGGGCGGCACCAGUUUCAGAUUAUGAUUAUUUCUCCGUAAGCGGUGACCAGGAGGCAGAGCAGCAGGAGUUCGACAAGUCCUCCACCAUUCCGAGAAACAGCGACAUCAGCCAGUCCUACCGGAGGAUGUUCCAGGCCAAGCGCCCAGCCUCCACCGCUGGCCUCCCUACCACCCUUGGACCUGCCAUGGUCACCCCAGGGGUUGCAACCAUCCGAAGGACCCCUUCCACCAAGCCUUCUGUCCGCCGCGGGACCAUCGGAACCGGUCCCAUCCCCAUCAAGACUCCAGUCAUCCCAGUCAAGACCCCGACUGUCCCAGACCUCCCUGGGGUCUUGCCAUCCCCUCCAGAUGGGCCAGAGGAGCGGGGUGAGCACAGCCCCGAGUCUCCAUCUUUGGGUGAGGGGCCCCAGGGUGUCACCAACAUCUCCUCUUCCAUGUGGAGUGGCCAAGCAUCUGUCAACCCUCCCCUUCCAGGCCCAAAGCCCGGUAUCCCCGAGGAGCACAGACAGGCGAUUCCAGAGAGUGAGGCCGAAGACCAGGAGAGGGAUCCCCCAAGUGCCACUGUCUCCCCAGGCCAGAUGCCGGAGAGUGACCCUGCAGACCUGAGCCCCAGAGAAAGUCCUCAAGGAGAAGACAUGCUGAACGCCAUCCGAAGGGGCGUGAAACUGAAGAAGACCACCACAAAUGACCGCUCGGCCCCUCGCUUCUCCUAGGCUCUCAGAGCUCCCACUCAGUGUGGCCAGUGGGGAGUGAACUCUAAUUAAUACAACCUAAUUUGUCUUGAUUCAUUCCAAUCUAUAAUCAAACAAAAGAUUUUGUAGGCAGUUCAGGAUUCAGCUCUUUUGAAAGUACUCAACAUCUUUAGAUAAGAAUUAAAAGCAACAUAUGUAACUGACAUAAUCUUGAUCUUUUAAUUUGUAAAUAUUGACAAUUUUCUUUCUGCACAUUUUAAUCUUAGUUUCCCUUUUGAUUUUUCUGAAGGUGCCAAAUUCCAUUUAACUUUUUUACAAGUCUUUGUAAAAUUUUAAAUGCAUAAGGGGUGGGGGUUGGGGCAGGGGAACCACAAAGUAAUUUCAGAAAGGAUUAUAUACUAAGUUCUCUUUUUCUUUUUCUUCCUGCAAGUUUUUGUAGAUGCAUCGUAGUAGUCUAGUUUAGAAGCAAAUUCAAGUUAUUUUAAUGGACAAAACAUAGGAGUGAAAUCCUCAAAUAUACUGUGUUCUGGAUAAAUGCAGGAGUAACAGUUAAGCAAUAUUCAGAGACAUAAACCUGGAAACGGCGGGCUGUGUUGGGAUUGGGGGGAGGGCUGUGGGAGGGGCACACUGUCAGUGUACUGAUCUGUUACAUUUAAGAGUAGCCUCGUAGGUUGAAUUUCUAGUAGCUUCAUGGUAAAUGCAUCCGAAUAAGCCAUACUGGAUUGCAGUGUUUGUUUCUGUAGGGUGUUUAAGGACUUCCUUCCUCCCACGAUUCUCUUGCCCAAACACAGCCCCCGCCUCCAACCCCACGCAUGCUGCUGCCACGGGUGGACAAGAGUCCCCACUGUAUCUUCUUCUAGUUUUUACUCACUUCCAUUGAAUCCAAAUACAUCCAAAAGGGUAAGGCAGUUUAGAAAAAAAUUAAAAUAUUUAAAAAUGAAAGCAGGGAAUUCUUAGUAUAGAAAAUGCCUUUUACUUAACUGUGCCCAGCAGGCUGGGUGCAUUGAAAAGCCCAGAUAUUUUGAAAAAAAACUCAAGCAGAUUUAACAAGGGGGUAACCAGCUUGGAGUCUAGUUAUUUGCCAAUAUACUUACCCAAUCUGGGGCUUGUUUUUCUUCGCUUCUUUAAAUAAAGGGCAGUUAAUUGGCUUCAUACUAAACAUUGAAGAGAGGAUUUAUUUAUUGUCACUGAGAAUCUGACCACUAUACUGUUUUUUUAUUAUUAUUCUAGCUGAUGUUGUUUUGGAAUGGAUUUGUGUUUUUAAGUGGAAGUUAAAUUUGUUAUAACCACCAUCCCCUAAAGCCAGCAGAGAUUUGUAGAUUCAGGGAGAUCACAUUUGGAAAAGACACCUGUGUUACAAGGUCAGUCCUUCAGCAGGGGCUGACGUGCAUAUCCGGGGCCGUGCCUGCUCAAGAGGAGGAGCUUGAGUCCCACAUGCCCUGCAGAUCUCUGCUGGCUCCGACCUUCAAUGACAUUAUCUUAGGCUUUACUGCGUCACUACAUUGGAUGAGAGUAGCAUUCCUGUACAGCUGUUGUUCUGUAUUCACAUUUAACACUGCUGUGAUCGCUCAAGGACACUUUAUGUUAUGGCUUUAAAGCGAAGGCAUGAUUAUUAGAAAUGACUUAAGCUUUUUUUCUUUGAAAAACAAGCUCCUUUUACCGACUAUAAGCAACAGUAGUGCCUGGGGUCUAGCCCACCAAUCUUGAUGACUAAAGGAGCUGAUGCAUUGCGCAUAUGACGCUUGAGAUGGUUUUUGCAAACGCAGACAUCGCUGCAAGGUCGUUACAAUAGAUAAAAGUGGUAUUUUAGACCUUUGAAAUAAAUGGAUGUAACUGUACCUUGGUACAGCUUUUCACUUGUUUAGUUUUUAAACGUUAGUAUAAUCUGAAUAAAUUUAAUAUAAAAUGUUGCCAAAUUCAAUGUAGAGAGAAUGUGACAAACACCUUGGGUAGUUCUGUUUGUGUUUUUGCAUAUUGUAAAAGCAGUGUAACAGCUGAAAAUAAAGACAUGCUUUCUAAAGGAAAA